AUGGAAAUACCGUCGGAGGCGCUGUACGGGAUCGCCACGGCGCGGGCGAUGGAAAAUUAUCACAUCACGGGGACGACGCUGAGAAAGUACCCGGAAUUCAUACGAGCGCUGGCGUUGACGAAGAAGGCGUGCGCGGUGGCGAAUCGGAAGAUAGGGCUGCUGCCGGAUGAUGUGUAUCGCGCUAUAUCGUUCGCGUGCGAUGAGCUGAUCGAUUCGGAGGAACAUCAUCAUCACUUCGCGGUGGACGUCAUUCAGGGCGGCGCCGGGACGUCGACGAAUAUGAACGCGAACGAGGUGAUCGCGAAUUUGGCGGCGCGGUUUUUGGGGGUGCCCAUCGGCGAGUACAGCGUGGUAAAUCCGAAUGAUCACGUAAAUUUGUGUCAAAGCACGAACGAUGCGUACCCGAGCGCCGCAAAACUCGCGGUAGUGUUGAAGCACGGCAUCGUCGUCGAGGCGUUGAAAAAGAUGAUCGUCAGUUUGCGCGCGAAGGGUGACGAGUUUCAAGGAAUAAUCAAGAUGGGACGCACACAGCUUCAAGAUGCGGUACCAAUGACGCUGGGUCAAGAAUUUCACUCGUUUGCGGCGACGCUAGAGGCGGAUUUGACGUUUCUGGAACGAAACGUCGACCAAAUGUAUGAGAUGAAUCUCGGCGGCACCGCGAUCGGGACUUCGAUUUGCGCCGACGAGGCGUUUUCUGAGGAGGCUGUGGCGGCAUUAUCGGAGCUCACCGGACUUCCGUUACGCUCACCGCAAGAUUUUAUUGAGGCAUCGAGCUCGACGUCGAGUUUUCUGUUGUUUUCUAACAUCUUGCGCCGCGUCGCCGUGAAGAUUUCAAAAAUCUGCAACGAUUUGCGGUUGCUGUCCAGCGGCCCGCGAUGUGGGUUUAAUGAAAUCAAUCUUCCUGCAGUUGCCCCUGGAAGCUCUAUCAUGCCAGGUAAAAUCAAUCCCGUCAUCCCAGAAGUGAUGAACCAGGUGUGUUUUCAAAUCAUGGGCACAGACGCUUCGAUUGCCCACGCGUCGGAGGCGGCGCAGUUGCAGUUGAACGUUUUUGAACCGUUGAUCGUUUACAAUUUAUUGAAUAAUAUGGAUAUGAUGGAGCGUGGACUUAACACUCUCCGCGUGAAGUGUAUCGACGGCAUCACGGCGAACGAGGAAGUGUGCAAGAAAUCCGUCGAAAACUCCAUCGGCAUCGUCACUGCUCUCUUGCCGUUGAUUGGAUACAAAAAAUCUUCGGCGGUGGCGAAAGAGGCGUUGGCCACCGGGCGACCUGUCGCUGAAAUAGCUGCGACUUACGCAACGGUGGCGGAAAUCAACGCGUUGCUGCACCCCGCGUCCAUGACGCGCGCGAGAAAGCUCGACGCCAGAGGUGUUUGCUUGGAGACGCCUGCGGCGUCUGGGUAG